UUGGGGAACGAGGGGGCAUAGCCCGGUUCAAUUGUAAAGCUCGAGGGCUCUCGUUCCCUUUUCUCUUUGCGCCUUAAAAUCUUCAAUUCGAGCGAAUUUGGGACGCCACUUGUUCCAUGUGUUUCCCAACUUGAGGAUCCAUUUCGAAAUCGAAGAAAUGGGUGGGGAUCUUUUAUAUUAUCUGAAUGGCUGGGCCAGCCUCACGUUUUGUGUGAUUGGAGUGGUGAUCAAUUUGUACGCGAUACAGAUGCUUUUCAAGCAGCGACUAACCGCAAUAUUCCACAAGCUGAUCCUGUCCUUGGUAGUUUAUGAUUUCCUCUACGUCGCAUUCACUCUCACGUGCUACGCUUUACCCGCACUAAGUUCCACAUAUGAAGCUCGUGUGGUGGUGUAUUUGCGGCCCUAUUUGAUCCCCAUGACUCAAAUUGCUCUGGCUGGAUCGUGCUUUUCAACCGUGGCCCUCACGAUGGAAAGAUACAUGUCGGUAUGUUUGCCGUUCUUUAAGCAGCGUCACAAUCUUAAGGCCUGGAUGUUCAUCGUGCCCGUGUUCCUGUUCGUGUUGGUGUAUUGUUCUCCCCGAUUCUUCGAAACGCGAACCGUUCACAAGUUGAGCACGAUCUGUCAGAAGGUGGACCCUGGCGAGGCUCGGAAUUUCACGCCCCAAGCCGUGUUUAAAUCCGAUGAGCUGGAUCGUGUCAACGCGAGUGUGGUUGGCUACGAUGGCUCUCGACGUGAUGAAGAUGUCCUCCGAGAUUGGAAUGGGACCAACUAUUGGGAGAAGUGUCAUCAAGAAUACAUUCCCAUCAACGAGGUGAACGAAAUCAGGAGCAACCCCUUGUAUAUGACGAUUUAUGCCACUUGGAUGAAUCUACUCGUCAUGCUUUUGUUUCCUGUUACCUUAAUGAUCGUGCUCAAUGUCCGCAUCUAUCGCACCAUGAAGAAUUUCCGUGACAUCCCCAGCGGGCCAAACGGGUCGAAAAAUCACGGACAGAGCAGUAUGCGGCUAAGCGGGCGAGGAAACGAUACAGGAAUGCGGCGAGUGGCGGGCAAUGAACGCGAGAUGAAAAAGCGAGAUGCCAAAUACACUCGGGCCUCCGUGGUAAUGGUGCUCGUUUUCGUGGUUUGCAAUGCCCCAAGAUUGAUUCCGAACAUCAUGGAGAUUUUCAUUUCAUACCAAGACUUUCCACGAUGGGCCACGCUUUUGGUGUGUGUGAACCAUUUGUUGCGGGUGAUCAAUUCGGAUUUCAACUUUCUCAUCUAUUUGUCCUUCUGCGCUCGACGAAAUCGGACCAAAGAUCAAACUGCCAGCAGCGCUCAAACGGGUGGACCUCCUGCAAUGAUGAUGACCGAGAUCACGCCCGCAUCAUCGUCAGACACGGGUCGGAGUCCCAAGAGGACCCGCACUACGGGCAUGACGUCAACCACGGGAUGUCAAACCCGACCGAUCCAAAACUCACAAAAACGUGUCGUCUCGGAAAUACAACAUGAAUUCGUUUAGCGUACUACCCUUCCACAAGAUGAUCUCGACUCCAUCCGAAUACUCGGACUUCUACAUAGAUUAAGCUUUGAAACGAACAAUUCCUCCCUUGUUGUGGGUGGGGGUUGUGGCUUAGUCAAAGAGUGAUGAGAAAACGUGGAACUCUGCCACCAGAAGGCCAUUCAAAAUCCUCAAGUCAGUGAGAGCAUCCAUGUAUCUGCUUAAAGUUGAUGGAUGAUGGUCUUGACGACUUUUGUCCAAAAGAUUACUUACUUGCCACUCGCCCAGAAGUACAGUGCUUGUCAUUAAGCGAAGAGCACGAACAAGCCAAAUAACAUCACGGAUAACAAGUGUGUUAGCUCAAAUAUGUAGUUCGUAAUCCGUGGUUACUACAUUACUACAUUAUAUAUUUUCGUUUUGAGCCCAGACACUUCUCAUGUCGACGUAAAGAUAUGAAGAAAGAGGACCUGAAAGCACUAAAAACAUUCCCAAAUCGCCCUUGAAUCCAUCACCCGAAGUAAGGGCGUUUCAAUAUUCUACAUUGUGAUUGUACCCCGCCAGGAUCCACUGACUGUUUCGUCGUUAAGUGUUUUCAAGUUAAUGUGAAGAAAUAUAUGAUGAAUUAGUCCAGUUUCGGUGCGGCAUUUUCACCCAUGACGCAUUCUUAUCCUAUAUACAUGGAGGUUUCAGUUUCUGAAGAGUAGUGGUACUC